AUGCUGGCUAGAGAUUACAUCACCAAGAUCGUCACGCUCGGCCAUCUUGUCAUGCUCUGGGAUGUCAUUCAAGUCAGCGGCGAUGGUCCCAUAGUGGACACGGAUAAGGGCAAGGUUCGAGUAGACACCUUUUACGGCAUACCUUAUGCCGUUCCACCUCUUGGGGAGCUCCGGUACAGACCACCGGUUCAAAAUGAACCAUGGAAGGGGAUCCUUGAUGCCACAUUGCAGCCUAAUUCUUGUUACCAAAUUUACGAUCACGUCUUUGGGAAUUUUACGGGAUCUAACAUGUGGAAUGCCAAUACGCAGUUAAGCGAGGACUGUUUAUAUCUUAACGUUUGGGUUCCUCGGACUAACCCGCCUUAUAAAGAUAAAGCCGUCAUCGUGUGGAUCUACGGUGGUGGCUUCUACAGCGGCUCUAACACCCUAGACAUAUACCAGGCUUCAUAUAUGGCAGCUGAAAAUGAUAUCAUUGUUGUGUCUAUGCAAUACCGAGUUGGUGCUUUAGGCUUUCUGGUUUUAGACACACCAGAAGCGCCAGGAAAUGCUGGUAUAUGGGACCAGAGAAUGGCUUUAGAAUGGGUCUCAAGGAAUAUCCACAAUUUUGGUGGUAGCCCUCAUAAUGUUACAUUGAUGGGAGAAAGCGCCGGAGCAGUUAGUGUUGGAAUAUUUCUACUUUGUGAUUUAUGCAGGGGAUAUUUUCAGAGAGCCAUCCUACAGAGUGGCGCUCCCAAUGCCAAGUGGGGAGUGUUGCCCAAAGAAGUCAUGAAAAAGAGGUCGGAACUAUUCGCUAAGUCCGUCGGCUGCGACCAGGACACUGACCACGACUACCUAGUAAAAUGCCUUCGUUCCAUAGUUUACAACGCUACCAUAGCACUCAAAGAACACGACAUCAGUGAAGGGAUUAUACAAUUUCCAUUUGUACCAGUCGUCGACGGUGUGCUGCUCCGUCAGGACCCAGCCCAGCUGCUCCGCUCUGGAAAUUUUAAGAAAACGCCUCUUCUUUUGGGAAGCAACGAAAAUGAAGGGACCUUUUUCAUCGUCUACCUUCUUCCACUCUUUAACUUGAAGAAUCCCCCCGCUAUUUCCGGCAGUACCUACUUGAACUUGAUGACCAGUAAAAUGUUUAAGUACUAUCCUUACUAUCCUCAGAAGCUAAAUCAGUUUGGCCUAGAGGCAAUUAUGUUUUACUAUAGAGACUGGUUAAAUCCUGAAAAUUACGAUGCACUAAGUAGGUCAAUAGAUCGAGCGGUCAGUGAUUCUUAUUUCGUGUGUCCAGUCAACGAGCUGGCCAGAACCUAUGCCAAACACAACAUGCCAGUCUACUACUACUGGUUCAGUCAAAAGUGGACGGCUAAUCCGUGGCCAGACUGGAUGGGCGUCUUGCAUGCCGACGAGAUAUGGUAUUCGUUAGGACAGGCUCUCAAUCAGUCAAACUCUUUCACGGAGGAUGAGAGGCAACUCAGUCGGAAGAUGAUGACUUACUGGAGCAACUUCGCUAAAACUGGAGACCCCAACCAGGCUCCCGGUGACCUGGCAUUGCCAGAAUGGCCCCAGUUUAAAGUCAACGAACAGCAGUACAUAAACCUCAGUGUGGCCUCGUUCGCUUCAGGACAACCAUGGGGAAAGGGCCCACGAACACAGCAAUGUGCGUUCUGGGAUGAGUACUUGCCGAAGCUUUUAGCCGAAACUUCAGACAUCAGUGACGUGGAGAGGGAAUGGAAAAAACAGUUCCACGAGUGGAAGACUCACUAUAUUGUCGACUGGAAGACACAGUUUGAUAACUUUCUCAGCAGUUACCAGCGGAGGAUGGGUAGCUGUGGGGGUGGACGUCCCUAG